CACCACUGAGUGACCAGUGUCUUGUCUACGUACGUAUCGUACCGGUUUGUUUAGUUGCAACUUAUGCAUAAAAAAUAAUCAUAAACGUUUUGUAAGAGGAAAAUUUUCCUCCUAAUUCAUCAUGCCUCCGACAAUUCAGACGAAUCUCAAUGCGGAACGUGAUAAGAGACCCCAAAGGCCUGGAGAAAGACGGUCUGAGCUGGUCUGUCGGGUUAAGUAUUGCAAUACUUUGCCCGAUAUUCCAUUCGAUCCCAAGUUUAUAACUUAUCCAUUUGAUUCUACAAGGUUUAUUCAGUACAACCCAACAUCACUAGAGAGAAAUUAUAAAUAUGAAGUAUUGACAGAGCAUGAUUUAGGGGUCACAAUUGACUUGAUAAAUAAAGAUACAUAUUCAGGGGAACCUGGAGCUCAACUUGAUCCAGCUGAUGAGAAAUUGUUGGAAGAAGAUGUGCUUACCCCACAAGACUCAAAGAGAUCUCGUCAUCAUGCACGAAGUGUGUCCUGGUUACGAAGAACAGAGUAUAUCUCAACAGAACAAACCAGAUUUCAACCUCAGACAAUGGACAAAGUUGAAGCUAAGGUUGGUUACAGCAUAAAGAAAAAUUUCAAAGAUGAAACACUCUACAUGGAUCGUGACAGUCAGAUUAAAGCUAUUGAGAAAACUUUUGAAGAUUCAAAGAAAACAAUUGAAAAGCACUACAGCAAGCCAAAUGUUGUGCCUGUGGAAGUUUUGCCUGUAUAUCCCGACUUUAAGAUAUGGAAAUAUCCAUGUGCCCAAGUUAUCUUUGAUUCUGAUCCUGCUCCAACUGGGCGAUCUGUACCUGCUCAGAUAGAGGAAAUGUCACAAGCUAUGAUAAGAGGUGUGAUGGAUGAAAGUGGGGAACAAUUUGUUGCUUACUUCUUGCCUACGGAUGAAACAUUAGAAAAGCGACGUCUUGAUUUCUCACGUGGUAUGGAUUAUGAAGAUGAUGAGGAAUAUGAGUAUAAAAUGGCUCGUGAGUACAAUUGGAAUGUGAAAAGCAAAGCUUCGAAGGGUUAUGAAGAAAAUUACUUUUUGGUGAUGCGCCAGGAUGGCAUCUAUUAUAAUGAACUGGAAACAAGAGUACGAUUGAGUAAACGCAGACAAAAAGCUGGUCAGCAGCCGAACAAUACCAGGUUGGUAGUGAAACACCGGCCUCUCAAUGCCCCAGAGCAUCGAAUGCAACGGUACCGAGAGAAGCAGCUUGAACCUCCUGGUGAGGAAGAUGAGGAGGAGGAUGAAGAGGAAGAAGCUCCUCAGGCGAGUAAGUCGAAAGAUGAUGAAGCUAGUCAAAAGGAUGGUGAUGAGGAUGGAGAAGGUGAUGGGGAUGCUGAAAGAGAUGGUGAGGAAGAUGGAGAAGGAGAGGAUGCUGAAGAAGGUAGUGAAAAGGGCAGUGCAGAUGAAAAUGAAGGUGGGGAUAAGAGUGAAGAGGAAGGCAGUGGCAAGGAGAAAAGUGAUUCAGAGGAUGGUGGAAGUGUUAGUGAUGAACAGGGGCAGGAUGGUGAAGAGGCCGGUGAAGGUGAAGAAGGAGAAGGUGAAGCAGAAGCAGGAGAGGAAGGAGAAGGUGAAGGAGGAGGAGAAGGAGAAGGAGAGGGAGGAGGAGAAGGUGAUGGUGAAGGUGAAGCGGAUGAGGAAGGAGAUGCAAGUGGUGCAGAAGGUAGUGGUUCAGAUGGUUCUCGUAGUUCGUCACCUGCCAGUCGUCGCUCAAAGUCAGGGUCUCGUUCUCCUGCCUCAGGGAGUGGAGAUAACAGGAGUAGUGAAUCUGGUAGUGAAUCCAGUAGUGGUUCAGGAAGUGACUCUGACAAUGAGAAGGAUUGAAAUGGUUGUUACCAUGAUCCUUCUGUUUGCUCUUACCCUUUAGGGUAGUGGGCAUAGUUUGACAGAUCAAUUUGGAAUAUCUGUAUGUUUUUUUUGUUAAAAUUAAUGCAACAGUUCAUUGAUUAAGAGUUCCAGUUGCAGAAAUACUCGACAGAUGACUUGUAUAGUCACUGGUGUAUAUAAUGUACAAAUUUUUUAAAUAAAGUUUUUUUGACAGUUCUAAUUUUUAAAAUUGAUGAGGUGGGACUUUAAUUUGCUCGAAGAAAAGCCCUUUUUUGUAAGUUUUGUUACAUCAAACCUAAUUCUAAAGAAGUGAUGUAACAUAUCUUUGGACUGUUUUUCACAAGAUGACAUAAUUUGAUUAAAGAAAUUAUUGUGAAGAGUCAUUAGAGAAUAUUUAAAUUUGUAGAAUAUUCAUUGAAUAUAAAAUGUAUAAACCAGUGUGUUCUUAAUUUUUUGGUUAUCUUCUACCUUUGAUCAUUUAUAACUAGAUAAAUAAGUAUUUCUUGCAUAGUCAAAAGUGUUCAGAUAAAGCUUGUAUGUUUUGCCAACAGCAGUUAUUUGUUAUUUCAAGGAUCCUAAUUAGAAGUUUUGCCACAUUUACUUCUAUUAUUUGCAAUGAUACACAUGGAGCUUUCAUAAGACCAUGUUCCCCCCUAGUGCAAUUCAGAACCCUGCUACUCUUGACCUUGGAUCUUCACCACUCUGCUUCAAAUUGACAUUGAAAAACUAACAAAGGUGAAAUUUUGCUAAUUAUACUAACACCCCCUUGACAUAUCCUAUAAUUAAUCCAUCAGUUUCUGAUUGUACUUCUGCGCUUCAAGCAAUUUAAAAAAAAACAAAUAGAAAAGAGGCCCUUAUAGAAAAGGUAAAAUAACAACCAUGAAUUUGUGACAAAACAGGAUUAUUUUCAAUAACAGUUGACUGAAAAUUUUUAAAAACCUUAAAACAAAAAGGAGUAACUAGUCACCAAAAGGGACGUCUUUG